GACAUUCGCUGCCGCACCGUGCCUUUAUUCAAGAGAUAGACCGAACUGGGCUUGACGGCCGCAACAGGACAUAUCGGGACAGAUGUGUGCUUUCUAAUCGACGCCUCCCACACGGAACAGCAAAGCGGGAAUGACAUCGUAAUGUGUGUGCCUCACCCCUUUUUCUUUGUAUGAGGAUCACUCCGGUGGGCUGAUCGGCCGAUGCAAGACACGACGCGCGACGUGCACACAUAUACGGACGUGCAAUAGACUGCGCCUACCACUGUACUAGCAAACAAAUCCCUCGUUGACGAGUGGGCGGGGCAGUCCCGCUGGCUUUUUGCUGUAGUGGAGCUUGUCUUCCAUUCCGUCAGUGCAGAUCUGUCUGCCUGUCCCUGCGUGUCGUAUGUGUACUUCCAUUUCCCUCAUUUUGGCUCUCACGCUGAGACUCCGAGACUGCGAGUCUCAAGCGAGUCUCAUCUUUCCCCCAGGGCCCCCACUAGCUCAAGACCAGGUCGUGGAUGCGGGAUGGAGCAGCGAGAGAGCGACAAGGGUCAGCCUUUCCGCCCUCUGCAAAGCGAGGCAGCCCAGCCACCUCACCCAUCGCCCGACGCGUCUGCGGGAGAGCCGAAACCGCCGCCCCCAUCACCGGCAGCAGGGCCACCACCAGGCCCGGCCGCCGUCUCACUCUCUGUCGCUGCCGCUUCGCAGCCGUCACGGGAGCCGCGCGAAGAGGAGGAGGAGGAGCCCCUGAUUGACAAAGACGUCCUCUUCCCGUCCGAUUCAACCACACUCACUCGGCCGCUCUUUUACGUGGUGGGGGGCAUCUGUCUCAUCACCAUCAUCGAGGGCUUCGACAACGCCGUGAUCGGGGACGCAAUCGUGUCGAUGCAGCAGAGCUUCGGGUUCCAGGACGACUCGGCCGUCACACAGCGGGUUGUGGCCCUCCCUCAGAUAGUGGCGUGUGUGGCUGCCUUUGCCGGCGGCCAGCUGAUGGACUGGCUGGGCAGGAGAGGGACAGUGGUGGUGGCGAGCAUGGCCUACCUGCAGGGCUGCCUCAUUGUGUGCGUGGCGUGGGAUUUGUGGAGCCUGAUGGUCGGCAGGGCCUUUGCUGGGGCUGGGAUGGGGCUGGUGAGUGGGGAAAGGCAUACACACACAGAGAGGGAGACACACGCACACACAUCCAGCUUCAUCUUUCUCUCCUUCUCUCUCUCUCUUUCUCUCUCUCUUUCUCUCUCUGUAUGUAUGUAUGAAGGCCAUUCUGGUGUGCCCCGUGUAUGCGGCUGAAGUGGCUCCUGCGGCCAUCAGGGGAGCAAUCAUAUCUCUGUCAGAGGUGAGCAAAGACACACCCGCCCGACAAGAGACGCAUGAGUCUCUGUUGGCAUCUCGUAUGGGUGUGUGUGUCACAGGUGACGCUGAAUGUGGGCCUGUUCGUCGGCUUCCUGACCAGCAAUGCAGUGGCGCACAGCAACCUCCCACGCACACAGGACUGGCGAGUGGUGUUCGCAUUCGGCGGAUUCCUCGCUCUUAUCGCUCUCAUUCUCUGCCCCUAUCUGCCCGAGUCACCCAGGUGGCCCAUGACCCGAGACAAGAAAGCCGACGCCAUGAGCCCCAUCCAAGCCUUCUGCUCGCCUGGCGAGGCCAGAAUGGCCAUGGCGACGCUUGAGGAGGAGAUAGCCGUGGAGAGGGGGAGAAACGGUCACGAUCGGUCGCCAUUACGGGUGAAGGACUAUGUGCAGGUGCUGUGUCCGCGGCGGGAGUACCGGAGUGCGGUUUUGGUGGCGCUGGGCCUGGGGAUACUUGAGCAGCUGGUGGCUGCUGACGUCAUGGUCAACUACAGCGAGCUGCUGCUCGGAGAGCUGGGACUUGACCGCGCCAUGAUUCUCACGGGCACCGAAAGGAGAGAGAGAGAGAGAGAGAGAGAGGGAUAA